AUGGAGGCCUCCUCAACCACAAAGCCCACGGACUACCCAGGUGGCCAGGCGCCGGCUGCUGCCGCUGCCCCGGCCGCCGAUGCCGCUGCUGCUCCGGCUGCCGCCGCCGCCGCCGCCGCCGCCGCCCCGGUCGCUGCCGCCCCCCCUCGCCUGAACUACAUCACUACCAAGACCCUCCUCGACAAGUACCAGGACAAGCUGACCCCCUUCGAGAUCAGUGAGGCCCUGCACUACCCGCGCAUCUACUACUUUGGCGACGGCGCCAACAAGAUCCGCGGCAUUCCCUGGGCCCCGAACAACCAUGGCUAUGACGAUAACAAUGGCUACCUGCACCUAGUUAACAAUGACCACAUUGCCUACCGGUUCAGCAUCAUCGACAAGCUGGGCCGCGGGUCCUUUGGCCAGGGUGGGCGGGGGCUUUCGCGUUGUGAGAGGGCACCGCGCCCCUGCCCUGUAGGGGCAGUGUGA